AUGGACGCUCUCAAGUCGCUCAUGCAACCCCUCGUCGGCGGCGCAGGAGGCUCCUCGGUCAUUGACGGAAUGAAACUCGUCGUCCUGGGAGGAACAGUCGAGACAGCCAGAAGAGCCUCGAGCUCAGCUUGGUCUCAUUUCCUCAACUCAUUCUUCCUCACUGCGCAUUUCUCGGAGGAGGACUAUCCUUAUGAUUGGCUCAUGCUGUGGCUCUCACGCCGCCCUGAGUGGCAGCGCUCCAGGGAGUUUGAGACUACUACUCGCACCACAACACCUGGUUUCUCAGGCUCUCGCCAAGCCGACAAUUCAUUUGGUGACGAGGAAGAGGAGGAGGGUGAUGAAGACUCACCCCCCGGCAAGGUCAAGACACGUGUCGUAUUUCAGCCGACAUUUGACACUACGCACACCAUUUACUACAAGGGUCACUGGCUUAGAGUUCGUCGUAGUAAAAAGCAAGACAGCAGUGGUUGCGAGGUCUUGUCAAUAAGCGUGGUUGCGCGGAAUAACACCAUCCUCAAGCAGCUUGUCCUGCAGGCCAAGAAGGAGUAUGAAGCCGAAGCAAUACAUCGUAUCCAGAUCUACUUUGCAGACUCGCAUGGUAGCUGGCGCUGGACCGACUCUCGUCAUAAGCGCCCUAUGUCGUCAAUUGUUCUUAACCCCGGUGUGAAGGAAAUGCUUCUCAACGACACGCGUGACUUUUUGAAAUCCGAGAAGUGGUAUGCUGACCGCGGCAUUCCAUUCCGUCGUGGCUACUUGCUGCACGGUGUACCUGGAUCUGGAAAGAGUUCCCUUAUUCAUGCCAUUGCGGGCGAACUCAUGCUCGACAUUUACGUUGUCGACAGUACAUUAACCACUCUGAUGGGUCGUGUCCCGGCUCGCUGCAUCGUGCUUCUCGAGGAUCUCGAUGCGGCGUUCACGCGUAGCGUCACGCGUGACAAGAGUUCCAAUGGCACACCAGACUCGUCAAGCAACAGCUCAGAAGAAAGCACCCCGGAACAGCCGGUGACUAGCAGUAGCUCGAGGCACAGACAUGGUGUAGCUGCUGCCGAAGGCCGGAUCCUCUUCGCUACGACCAAUCAUUUGGAGCGUCUAGACCCUGCGCUCUCACGUCCGGGCCGUAUGGAUGUUUGGGUUGAGUUCAAGAACUCUUCCAAGUGGCAAGCGGAGGCACUGUUCCGCAACUUCUUCCCGUCCACGGAUCAAGACAAUGAGGGGAUUGAGUUACCCACGACACCCACACCACAGUCGCCCUCGUCGAAUUCGUCUUCGCAGUCGUCAACGUUUGUGGUCGCUUUCUCCUUCGUUUCUCGUCGUCGACGAUGCUUCGCCCUCAAAGCCUCCGCGAGACGGUUCGGUUCCAAGAACCAAGCGUACUUGCCGCCUCCCGUUGAGGAGCAUCUCAACCGCAUGCCAGCACCUCCGCGCAAACCUUUGGACGGCUUCAGGCUCGGCCAGCUCGCAAAGAUGUUUGCGGACUCGAUUCCAGACCGAUGUGAGUUCAGCGUUGCGGCACUGCAAGGCUCUGCCGCUUGGGUGAUCAGCGAGAGGGAGCUCAGGGAACGCUUGAGAAAGGAAAAAGGAGGCUCGUGUGAAAUCAAGGAAAAGCUCGAUCGCGAAAAGCGGCGCAAGGAACUCCUUGAAAAGGAGAAAGAGAAGGCUGAGCUCGAGAAGAAAGAGCUUGAGCUCGCCAAGCUCAGACAGCAGCUCCAGGAACAGGAGGCCAAGGACAAUCUUCCCGUUGAAAAAUCUACUAAGGACGAUGACAAGGGUGAGCCCUCUACCGAUGAGGACAGCGACGAGGAGAACAUUCCUCCUCCCUCCACUCCACCCGAAGCUGUUCGGAUCCAAGUAGCCGAUUGGAGUUGA